AUGCCUAACGCUAUUGGAAUUGAUCUUGGUACUACGUACUCGUGUGUCGGUGUAUUCCAGCAUGGUAAGGUGGAGAUCAUCGCCAAUGAUCAGGGGAACCGGACGACUCCGAGUUAUGUGGCAUUCACAGAUACUGAGCGUCUGAUUGGUGAUGCAGCGAAGAACCAGGUGUCGAUCAACCCUUCAAACACUGUGUUCGACGCGAAGCGACUGAUUGGUCGACGAUUCGAUGACCCAUCGGUGCAGAGUGAUAUGAAACACUGGCCGUUUGAGGUUAUUCAUGAGGGUGAUAAGCCUAAGAUUCGUGUUGAGUACAAAGGUGAGCGCAAGACAUUUUCCCCGGAGGAGAUUUCUUCGAUGGUGUUGACGAAGAUGAAGGAGGUGGCUGAAGCAUACUUGGGUAAGACAGUGACUGAUGCAGUGGUGACAGUUCCUGCCUACUUCAAUGAUAGCCAGCGUCAAGCUACGAAGGAUGCCGGUACAAUAGCUGGUUUGAAUGUGUUGCGAAUUAUUAAUGAGCCUACGGCGGCUGCGAUAGCGUAUGGUUUAGACAAGAAGGUUGGUGGUGAGCGGCAUGUGUUGAUAUUCGAUUUGGGUGGUGGUACUUUCGACGUGUCGAUCUUGACGAUUGAGGAUGGUAUAUUUGAGGUGAAGUCCACUGCUGGUGACACACAUUUGGGAGGUGAGGACUUUGACAAUCGAAUGGUGAAUCACUUUGUACAAGAGUUCAAGCGUAAACACAAGAAGGACAUCAAGACAAUAAGCGUGCAUUGCGUCGUUUGA